AUGGUGUAUAGACCCAAACUCAUUGGAAUCAAGAAAAAGCUUGAACGGAGGGAAGCCACGCGGGAAGCCAAAGCGCUUGCGGCCGCACAUCUCGAAAGAUCGAUCGAGAAGGAGUUAAUCGAGCGAUUAAAGUCGAAAGCGUAUGGAGAUGCACCGUUGAACGUGAACGAGGAGGUAUGGAGACAGGUUUUGGAAGGUGAAAAGGGCAAGAAUAAGCUGGAGAUGGAGGACGACGAGACGGAUGAGGAUGAUGAAGAGGAGGAAGAGGAAGAGGAAGAGGGGCUGGGAGAUCGGGAGUAUGUGAGCGACGAUAGUGUCGAUGAGUUUGGGGAUUUGAGCGACUUGGAGGAUUUGGAAGAGGCAGAGGACGAUGAGUCAGAGGAGGAUGAGGAACAAGGGGACGAGGAAGAAGAGGAUGGAGAUGAAUCAGACGACGAACCGAAAUCAUCCAAGAAACGACCUUCGGCCCUUGGAAAGCGUAAAGCUGGACCUUCAUCACGACCAGAUCCAAAGAGGAAGAAGGGACGAGGUGGUGCCCGUGUGGAAGUCGAGUACGAAGACACUGUUCCACUCACAAAAGAGAUGAUUGCUUCAUGGCACGCGAGCAUCGCCCGAGACCGUCACUCCAAGUAUAAACUCCCCUUCCCCCCCACUCAUGCCGUUAUCACCUGUUCCCUCCAGUCAUCCGUUACGGCACUUGACGCCAUGCCAGGUGCUUCAAGUUACUCGGACAGCUUUAUGUACUUUUUGAAAAGGUCCCGUGGGAUCAUUGUAUACCAGAUAUGGCCCGAGUUGACAUUUUUCACUGCAGUUGCCGUUAUGGUCUACACUGUUUCGGAGUUCACUUCCACGACUCUUGCAUUCAAUAACGCAUUGUUGACGGUUCUUGGUACUGUGCUCGGUCUUGUAAUCAGCUUCCGCACAACAUCGGCGUACGACCGAUACUGGGAAGGCCGCAAGCUAUGGACGACAAUUUCACUUGCGAGUCGUAAUUUGGCCAAUCUUAUCUGGAUUCAUGUCCCGACCGACCGUUCGGCCAAAUCUAAGACUCCUCUCCCCAAGGACGCGCACCUCAAAGUUAUUAUCGAAAAACGUUCGAUGAUCAACCUCGUUCAGGCGUUCUCGGCUUCUCAUUAUCUUCGUGGGGAGACUGGGGUGUACUACGAAGACGUGUAUCCUUUGAUUGCUUUCCUUCCACAGUAUGCCAACAGCGAGCACCUCCCGCUCUGGUCAGACUAUACAAACAGCCACGGACACCAUGUUCCGCUCAAGACCGAAGGUGAUCUUGAAGCCGGUAAUGGCGUCGGCGCCAACGGGAAGAAGCUAUACCAGAAAAAGAAACGCUCCGAUGGGUUCAAUCCCGAAGGCGCGCUUCCGACCGUUUCGCCAGACCAUAUUCAGCUCGCUCCUGCAAGACUAGCUCCCAAGCUCGGAUUCUUCGAUUUUGUUCCCGUGCUUUUGCCGCUAAAGGCCUUGUACAAGUUUUUCAAGCGCAUAGCAAGUAAGCUUGAUGAUGAAGAGGAUGCGUCAAGGAGUUCGUGGACUGGAAGGAGGACUGGACGCCCGGCGGUCGUAGAGUCUGUCGUACCACUUGAAAUUGUACUCUAUCUAUCCUCUUAUUUCAACUUUCUUUUGACCGAGGGAUUGCUCCAAUCCGCUGCUGCCACUUCGUUUAACAACAACCUUCAUUUCCUUCAAGAUGCAUCUGUUCAGCUUCGUCGUGUUGCCACUACCCCCAUUCCUUUCGCGUAUCAGGCUCAUCUGCGUAUGGCCAUCUGGCUCUACUUGUUCUUCCUUCCUUUCCAGGUCUAUACCCAAUUGGGGUGGAUUGUCAUCCCCGCAACCACGUUCGCUUCCUUUUUAUACCUUGGCUUCCUCGAGAUUGGAGCUGAGAUUGAGAACCCAUUCAUGUACGACGAGAACGAUCUCGACAUUGACUCCUACUGCCUCUCCAUCGCCCGCGAAAUUGCCGAGAUCACAGCUCACGAUCCCGUCCCGCCUGCUGCAUACAUAUUCUCGCCAGCCAACCAACCUUUUGCGCCCGCCGACAGACGGACGGCAAGCGAUUUAACAACAGAUAUGGAACACGAGUACUAUAACGAGGGAACGGGGAUGCAGAAUCUACACACAACGCUUGUGAAGGGGUGGAGGGCGGUCAAUGAGAUGACCAGGGAUAACAAGAAACGUGUUGCUGCUUGA